UAUUGAUAUAAAUCUCUCCGGCCCUAUUUCUACCCCUUUCGGGUUUAACAGCCACCACAAAUUUUUGUUGAUUUUCGGAAUUGAACCAACGACAUUUCGUAUCAGAUGUUCGUGAUACAGGCGACCAUAGCCACACGGCUACGGCCGCCCUCCUUAAUAAUUAAUCAUUACCACAAAAUUAUUCAGUUGGUAGACCGAGUGUCAUCAUGCAAGUGGCCAUUGGUGGCCAUAACAAUUCAAACUAAUAUUUAACCGCUUUCUUUUUUUCCGUUUUUCUUUUUAUUCCUACUGUUUCAAUAUUUUAUUAGACUAUUUUAAGUAUCCUACUGCAGGAUGUCGGAACAGGGUGCGGCUUUGCAGACCUACAACCAAGAGCUAGUAAAGUGUUUGGAAGACCUGAAGAGGCAACGGAUUCAUCUGCAGGAGGUGAUUGGUAAGGAGGAAGCUGACAAACUGGUGGUGGAGAAGAACAUGAAGUGUUUGCAGAAUAAAUUGAAUUUGAUUAAUGCCAGUUUGGAGACUAACAAAAUGCUCAGGGAUAACUACGAUAAGGCUAUCAAAGAUACUGAGCAGGGAUUUAAAAAGAUUUUGGAAACAUCCCAAACAUUGCUAAACUUGGCACAGCAUGAGGCAAAUAAGUUGGAUGGUAUAGUGACGAGGAAGAAAAAGUCCCAAACAAUGUAUGAAUAACGUUUUAAGUAUCUUGUAACUAUUUUAUUUAUUAAAGAAAUUUUAAAUAAUCAAAUGUCUUGU